CCGGAGCCGAGAUCGGACGGACCAGCAGCUCCACCCGGGGCCACAGAGACACUGCAGGUCUGUUAUCCUGAUUAACCAUGGCGCAAAAAGAUGCUGAUAAAUACCUCUAUGUGGAUCGGAACUAUAUCAACAACCCCUUGGCGCAAGCCGAUUGGGCCGCGAAAAAACAAAUAUGGGUGCCUUCGGAGAAGCAUGGCUUUGAAGCCGCGAGUCUUAAGGAAGAGGUUGGGGAUGAGGCCAUUGUGGAACUGGCAGAGAAUGGAAAGAAAGUUAAAGUAAACAAGGAUGACAUUCAAAAGAUGAAUCCUCCCAAAUUCUCCAAAGUUGAAGACAUGGCGGAGCUGACCUGUCUGAAUGAGGCUUCAGUCCUGCACAACUUGAAGGAGCGAUACUACUCUGGCCUAAUCUAUACCUAUUCUGGCCUCUUCUGUGUGGUGAUAAACCCCUACAAAAACUUACCGAUUUACUCUGAAGAAAUCGUGGAAAUGUACAAAGGCAAAAAGAGACAUGAAAUGCCCCCUCAUAUUUAUGCCAUUACAGACAACGCGUACAGGAGUAUGAUGCAAGAUCGAGAAGAUCAGUCCAUCCUUUGCACAGGAGAGUCUGGUGCCGGAAAAACCGAAAACACGAAGAAAGUCAUUCAGUAUCUGGCGCACGUUGCAACGUCACACAAAAGCAAGAAAGACCAGGGAGAGCUGGAAAGACAGCUAUUGCAAGCCAAUCCAAUUCUCGAGGCUUUUGGAAAUGCCAAAACUGUUAAAAAUGACAAUUCUUCAAGAUUUGGCAAGUUUAUCCGGAUUAAUUUUGAUGUCAAUGGAUACAUCGUUGGAGCCAAUAUUGAAACCUACUUGCUGGAAAAAUCCCGUGCCAUUCGUCAGGCCAAAGAUGAAAGAACUUUUCAUAUUUUCUACUACAUGUUAUCAGGGGCCGGUGAUCACCUAAAAACUGACCUGUUGCUGGAAGCCUACAACAAGUACCGCUUCCUCUCCAAUGGCCAUGUCACCAUUCCUGGUCAGCAGGACAAGGACCUCUUCCAAGAAACCAUGGAGGCCAUGAAGAUUAUGGGAAUCCCUGAUGACGAGCAGAUAGGCCUGCUGAAAGUGAUUUCCGGUGUUCUCCAACUGGGCAAUAUUAUGUUUAAGAAAGAGCGUAACACUGACCAGGCUUCCAUGCCAGACAAUACAGCUGCUCAGAAAGUGUGCCACCUGCUGGGAAUAAAUGUGAAUGACUUCACCAGAGGAAUACUUUUGCCAAGAAUAAAGGUUGGCAGAGAUUAUGUACAGAAGGCUCAGACCAAAGAACAAGCUGAUUUUGCAAUCGAGGCUCUCGCUAAAGCCACAUACGAACGCAUGUUCCGCUGGUUGGUAAUGCGCAUUAACAAAGCCCUUGACAAGACAAAGCGACAGGGGGCCUCCUUCAUUGGAAUCCUAGAUAUUGCUGGCUUUGAAAUCUUUGAGCUUAAUUCGUUUGAGCAACUUUGCAUCAACUACACCAAUGAGAAGCUCCAGCAGCUCUUCAAUCACACAAUGUUCAUCUUGGAGCAGGAAGAGUAUCAGCGUGAAGGCAUAGAGUGGAACUUCAUCGACUUUGGUCUGGAUCUUCAGCCUUGCAUUGACUUGAUAGAAAAACCAGCUGGUCCUCCUGGUAUUCUAGCUCUCCUGGAUGAAGAGUGUUGGUUCCCUAAAGCAACAGACAAGAGCUUUGUGGAGAAAGUGGUCCAAGAACAGGGCACACACUCAAAAUUCCAGAAACCCAAGCAGCUAAAAGAUAAAGCAGACUUCUGUAUCAUGCAUUAUGCUGGCAAGGUUGAUUACAAGGCUGAUGAAUGGCUGAUGAAAAACAUGGACCCAUUGAAUGACAACAUUGCCACCCUUCUAAACCAAUCCUCAGAUAAAUUUGUGUCCGAAUUGUGGAAAGAUGUUGAUCGUAUUGUUGGCCUGGAUCAGGUGGCCGGUAUGUCAGAUGCUGCUCUUCCAGGGGCCUUUAAGACCAGAAAAGGAAUGUUCCGCACAGUAGGUCAACUAUACAAGGAGCAGCUAUCAAAGCUGAUGGCCACACUGAGAAACACAAACCCCAACUUUGUUCGCUGCAUUAUACCCAAUCACGAAAAGAAGUCUGGCAAGCUAGAAGCUCACCUGGUGUUAGACCAGCUACGUUGUAAUGGUGUUCUGGAAGGAAUCCGUAUCUGUAGACAAGGCUUCCCGAACAGAGUGGUCUUUCAGGAAUUCAGACAAAGGUAUGAAAUUCUUACACCGAACUCAAUCCCUAAAGGAUUCAUGGAUGGCAAACAAGCAUGUGUUCGUAUGAUCAAAGCUCUGGAAUUGGAUUCCAACCUCUACCGCAUCGGACAGAGCAAAGUGUUCUUCCGAGCCGGAGUGUUGGCUCACCUUGAGGAGGAGAGAGAUCUGAAGAUUACCGAUGUCAUCAUAUGUUUCCAGGCGUGGUGCAGAGGUUUUCUUGCCAGAAAGGCUUUCUCCAAACGACAGCAGCAGCUCACAGCUAUGAGAGUGAUCCAGAGGAAUUGCGCCGCGUACUUGAAACUUAGAAACUGGCAGUGGUGGAGACUGUUCACAAAGGUCAAGCCUCUGUUACAAGCCAACAGAUUUGAUGAAGAAUUGCACGCAAAGGAGAUAGAACUUCAGAGAGUGAAAGAACAGCAGACUUUCUCUGAACAGAAAGUUUCUGAAAUGGAACAUCAGCAGAUGCAACUUCAACAAGAGAAGAUGCAGCUGCAAGAGCAGUUGCAGGCAGAGACUGAACUGUGCGCAGAGGCUGAGGAAAUGCGGUCUCGCUUGGCAGCGAAGAAGCAGGAACUGGAAGAAAUCUUACAUGACUUGGAAUCGAGGGUGGAGGAGGAAGAGGAACGAUGUCAGAUCUUGCAGACCGAGAAAAAGAAAAUGCAGCAGAACAUUGGGGAGCUAGAAGAGCAACUCGAGGAGGAGGAAGCUGCUAGACAGAAGCUACAGCUGGAAAAAGUGACCACGGAGGCCAAGCUAAAGAAACUAGAAGAAGACGUGAUUGUUCUGGAGGAUCAGAAUUUGAAGUACAGCAAGGAGAAGAAACUGCUUGAAGAUCGAAUUGCAGAAUUCACCACAAAUCUUACAGAGGAGGAGGAGAAAUCGAAGAGUCUGACGAAAUUGAAGAACAAACAUGAAACCAUGAUUUCUGACUUGGAAGAACGGUUACGCCGCGAGGAGAAGCAGCGACAGGAACUAGAGAAGACUCGUCGAAAGCUGGAAGGAGACUCUACGGACUUGCACGAUCAGAUUGCCGAGCUACAAGCUCAGAUUGCAGAAUUAAAGCUUCAGUUGGCUAAAAAGGAGGAAGAACUGCAGGCUGCGCUUGCUAGAGUGGAAGAGGAGGCUGCUCAGAAGAAUAUGGCUUUGAAGAAGAUUCGGGAGCUAGAGUCCCAGAUUGGUGAGCUUCAGGAAGACUUGGAUUCAGAACGUGCUGCACGCAAUAAGGCAGAGAAACUGAAACGUGAUCUCGGAGAGGAGCUCGAAGCUUUAAAGACUGAGCUGGAAGAUACUCUAGAUUCCACAGCCGCUCAGCAGGAGCUCAGGACAAAACGUGAGCAAGAGGUGACUCAUCUCAAGAAGACCCUGGAUGAGGAAGCACGGACUCAUGAAGCCCAAGUACAGGAACUCAGACAGAAACACUCACAGGCUGUAGAGGAGCUCUCUGAGCAGCUGGAACAGACCAAACGGUUGAAAGGCAACUUGGAGAAAGUCAAACAGUCUUUGGAGGGUGAACGGAAUGAACUGGCCAACGAAGUGAAGGCUCUUCUUGUGGGUAAAACUGACUCUGAGCACAAGAGGAAGAAGGUAGAGGUCCAGCUUCAGGAACUGCAAGUUAAGGUCACAGAGGGAGACAGAGUUCGAGCAGAGCUGGGAGAGAGGGCAAACAGGCUUCAGGUGGAACUAGACAACGUAUCUACUCUCCUCAACCAAUCAGAUGGCAAAUCUAUCAAGCUAGCUAAAGACUUCUCCACACUGGAGUCUCAACUUCAGGAUACACAGGAACUCUUGCAAGAAGAGACCCGUCAGAAGCUGAGUCUCAGUACCAAACUGAAACAAAUGGAAGACGAGAAGAAUGUCUUCUUAGAGCAGUUGGAGGAGGAGGAAGAGGCAAAGAAAAACUUGAUUAAACAGAUCAAUACUCUGCAGACUCAGAUGGUAGAUACGAAGAAAAAGAUGGAGGAAAGUGUUGGCUUACUGGAGUCCGUGGAGGAAAUCAAGAAGAAAUUGCAGAAAGACCUAGAAGCAGUCAAUCAACGUUUUGAGGAAAAAGCCGCUGCUUUUGACAAACUGGAGAAGACCAAGACCAGACUCCAGCAGGAACUGGAUGAUAUCAGCGUGGAUCUAGAUCACCAAAGACAAAUCGUGUCCAAUCUGGAGAAGAAGCAGAAGAAGUUCGAUCAACUUCUGGGUGAGGAAAAGAGCAUUUCAGCAAAGUACGCAGAAGAGCGUGACCGCGCCGAAGCAGAGGCCCGUGAGAAGGAGACCAAAGCGCUAUCCUUGGCUCGCUCUCUAGAAGAGUUACUAGAGUCUAAAGCAGAGUUGGAAAGGGUCAAUAAACAGCUGCGGACGGAGAUGGAAGAUUUGGUCAGCUCAAAGGAUGAUGUUGGAAAGAGUGUCCAUGAAUUGGAGAAAUCAAAGCGAGCUCUGGAGCAGCAAGUGGAAGAGAUGAAGACCCAGCUGGAGGAGCUUGAAGAUGAGCUUCAGGGUACAGAGGACGCCAAGCUGAGAUUGGAGGUUAACUUGCAGGCGUUGAAGGCACAGUUUGAGAGGGAUCUCCAAGGACGCGAUGAACAGAGUGAAGAUAAAAAGAAGCAGUUGGUUCGUCAGGUUAAAGAGAUGGAGGCAGAGCUUGAGGAUGAAAGGAAGCAACGUUCGUUGGCCGUGGCAGCACGUAAAAAGCUUGAGAUGGAUGUCAAGGAUCUGGAAGGACAAAUAGAUUCUUCCAACAAGAACAGAGAAGAGGUUAUCAAACAGCUUCGCAAGCUUCAGGCUCAGAUGAAGGAUUACCAGCGGGAGCUUGAAGAUGCCAGAGCUUCCCGUGAUGACAUCCUUACCCAAUCUAAAGAAAAUGAGAAGAAACUGAAGAGCAUGGAGGCUGAGAUGAUCCACCUUCAGGAGGAACUUGCUGCUGCAGAACGUGCCAAGCGCCAGGCUCAGCAGGAGAGAGAUGAGCUUGCCGAUGAAAUGGCAAACAGCAGUGGCAAAGGUGCUUUGGCUGUGGAAGAGAAGCGGCGAUUGGAAUCCCGCAUUGCUCAGCUGGAGGAGGAAUUGGAAGAGGAGCAGGGUAACACCGAACUGGUCAAUGAUCGUCUCAGGAAAUCAACACUUCAGAUUGACCAGCUGAACGCUGAUCUGAACGCCGAGCGCAGCAAUACUCAGAAGAACGAAAAUGCCCGUCAACAGUUGGAUCGUCAGAACAAAGAGCUCAAGACCAAGCUUUCAGAGAUGGAAGGCACCGUGAAAUCCAAAUUCAAAGCUUCAAUCACUGCCCUGGAGGCAAAGAUCUCCCAGCUGGAAGAACAGCUCGACGUGGAGACAAGGGAGCGUCAAAAUGCCAGUAAGCAGUUGCGUCGCUCUGAGAAAAAACUCAAAGAUAUCCUGAUGCAGGUGGAGGAUGAGAGGCGCAAUGCUGAGCAAUUCAAGGAUCAGGCGGAAAAGAGCAAUGUUCGCAUGAAGCAGCUCAAGCGGCAGGUGGAGGAAGCUGAGGAGGAGGCCCAGCGUGCGAACGCAAUGAGGCGCAAACUGCAGCGAGAGCUGGAGGAUGCCACGGAGACUGCAGACGCCAUGAGCCGCGAGGUUAACACCCUGAAGAGCAAGCUUCGGCGCGGUGAUGUACCGUUUGUCACAAGACGUGUUGGAAGGAAGGGGGCCGAGGAAGCUUCUGAUGAAGAUGACGCAAAAGCAGAUGCUGGCGAUGCGUAACGGAUUUGAAUACCACUAUGCCACAACAUGCCAUGUCGGUCUCAUCCUUAAGUAAUCAUAAGAAUUUGCAUAACUAUGCACAACUCUUCAAUGCUUUAUAAGGGGGCAGACACUAUUGUGUUUUUUCUUUAUAUGCAAAAAACACAACUUUUGAGCUGCCAAGAUUUGUCUUCAUUUUUUUAUUUUUUUGUGUAACGCACCAAAGUUAUUGAUCAGAUGCAAUUCCUUACAGCGGAAAAGUGUCUUCAAUUGUUAGGUCUUAAAGGCAAUGAGUUUGUGCGCUUUUCCGAAGGCCAGAGCUUAAAUGGCAAUCAUGAACCAUCCUUAAAUACUGGUAUUGACCUUUUUUCGUGUAACACUUUUUGUUUUUCCAAGUCUGUUCAAGUGAAAGAAGAAGUCAAUUUUGUGAAUUCGUGUAAGGACCAAAUAGUUUAUUCAGAGAACUUAUAAUUGUGUUUUUUUUCUAAAAUGUUGUCUUUAUAUACUUGUAAGUAUCUAAAGGAUAUUAAAAGUACUGUUAUAAAUAUGCAACUGGAAUAUAGGUAUCCGCACCACUUUAUAUGAACUGGUAUCCUGCACACAAUGGCCAUGCUGUUUGUAAUAAAGAUAUCCUCUCUAUAGUCACUGCCUGUCGAACAGAAAAUUCUUCCUGAGCAUUGUCCUGAAAGAAUCCAGUAAUGUUCUGGCGUUGCUUGCAUUGGAAGGAUUGUGAUGACCAAUGUGACAACACUGUAAUCUGCAAAAGCUUGCAUUUGGCUAUCACACCUCCCCACAAAGUGCCUUGAAUGUUGCAGCCUUGUCGUACCCACGGUCACUCCCUUGCUACUUUCAAUAAACUUUGACAGUGCUGCAAAUA